AUGGAUCCCAAAUGUUGGCGUGUGAAACUAAAUGAUGGCCACUUCAUUCCUGUACUAGGAUUUGGCACCUAUGCACCUGAAGAGGUUCCUAAGAGCAAGGCUGAAGAGGCCACCAAAAUAGCUAUUGAUGUAGGUUUCCGUCACAUCGACUCGGCACAUCUCUAUCAAAAUGAGGAGGAGAUUGGCAAGGCCCUUCUAGAGAAGAUGGUGGAUGGUACUGUGAAGAGAGAGGACAUAUUCUACACCACCAAGCUUUGGGCUACUUUCCUUCACCCAGAAUUGGUUCGACCAGCCCUGGAAAGAUCAUUGAAGAAACUUGGUCUGGACUACGUAGAUCUCUUUAUCAUUCAUGUGCCAAUUGCUAUGAAGCCUGGGGAGGAGCUUAUACCAAAGGAUGCCAGUGGGGAAGUUAUUUUAGAUAUAGUGGACCUUCGUGACACAUGGGAGGCCCUGGAGAAGUGUAAAGAUGCAGGUUUAACCAAAUCCAUCGGAGUGUCCAAUUUCAAUCACAAACAGCUGGAGAUGAUCCUGAACAAGCCAGGGCUCAAGUACAAGCCCGUCUGCAACCAGGUGGAAUGUCACCCUUACCUCAACCAGAGCAAACUGCUGGAAUUCUGCAAGUCCAAGGACAUUGUCGUAGUUGCCUACAGUGCCCUGGGGUCCCAUAGAGACCCAAUCUGGGUGGAAAAGGAUAGUCCAUAUCUAUUGGAGGAUCCAAUCUUGAAUGUCAUUGCCAAGAAACACAAUCGAAACCCAGGCCAGAUCGUCUUGCGCUACCAGCUACAGCGGGGGGUGGUGGUCCUAGCCAAGAGCUUCAAUGAGAAGAGAAUCAAAGAGAACUUCCAGGUUUUUGACUUUGAAUUGACUCCAGAAGACAUGAAAGCAAUUGAUGGCCUCAACAGAAAUUUCCGAUAUGACAAAAUGCUAUUUGCUGUUGAUCACCCUUAUUAUCCAUUUUCUGAAGAAUAUUGA